AUGGCGACCACGAGCGCAGCUCAGCCUCCGCUCCCCGGACCGGGCGGCCCACAGGGGCUGAGCCACCAGCCACCGCCGACAACGACCAUGCCCCACCACCCCGGCAUCAUGCCACCUGGACCCAUGCAGCACCAGAUGCACCAGCAACAACAGCACAUGCAGAUGCAGAUGCAGCACAUGCACCAGAUGCAGAUGCAGAUGCAGCACAUGCACCAGAUGCAGCAGAUGCAGCAACACAUGCACCAGAUGCAACACAUGCACCAGAUGCAGCACCCCAUGCACAUGCAAGCUAUGACACCUCCCGGCCUUCCUGGUGGACCCGUCAUGUCUCAGUCACGGAAUCAAGGCCAACCGAUGCCCUGGCACAACUUGCCACCAGCGGGUGAGCCCGGAAGCGCCCGUGGUCGCGGUCGCGGUCGCGGUCGUGGGCAUGGUCGAGGUCGCGGUCGCAGUCGUGAAUCAGCCGGCAGCCCUGGUCACGGUGGCGCCACUCCCACGAUGAACCCCACCAAUGAGAACCCGGUUGAGCACACACCCCUCCAGUCCCAGUCCCCCACAGCUGUGCCUUCUGCACCCGCCAACAAUCCUGUCAGCCCCGAAGCUCCCAGUCAUAGCGGCACUGAGAGUGAGGUGUGUCAUGCAACAAAGGACUUUUUUUUUUUGUUUUGUUGUUUGCAAGUGAUUCUUGAGCCUGCAUUCUCACCCAAGCUGGUCGUGACCCAGGAGGAGCAAGACACAACCAACACCAAGCCCGUGGUAUGGGCCUACAGCGCAGAGGAGAUCGAAGCCUGGCGCGCCGAACGCCGUCGUCAAUAUCCCACCGCCGCUAACCUGGCCCGCAAGCAGCAAGAGGCCUCGGAAAAGGUCAAACAAGGCAUUGCGGCUGAAUCAGAAUCAUUCAGAUGGUCUGCCGCCUACAAGCGUUUCAUGCCUGUUGCGAAACGCACCAAGACCUCCGAACCUCCAACACCAUCCACAGCAAAACAAAACACGACUGGCCCCAACCCGGCAUCCGAGCCCACCUCGCUGGCUCUUGUGGCCGAUUAUGCAGCCUCCGACUCAGACUCGAAUCCCCCCGACUCGCUGGACCGCGAUGAAGAUGAUGACGAAGCACCCGAGGAAAUGUCGGCCAAGGGCCCUCAACCACAGGAAACAUUUGCCGCCCCCAACCCCCUACUCGUUCGCCAUGCUCAUCGCAAUGCGCAAUUGUUCCGCACGCUAGCCGGUGCUGCCGAAGGACAGGGACAAGGUCGCUCACACCGCGAGAGCCACCCCCGCGCGAACAACCAUCGCAACAACAAGCCUAGCCACCGUUCAAACCGCCAAUGGCCACCCACCUUGCUGGAAAUGCUUGUGUCUGAUCAGAUCCGUCGCGAAACCAACUACUUGUUGCAAACCAUCCGCUACCUACGUCAGCGCAAUUACUUGCAAGACUGA